UUUACAUUUUUCAACACUUUUAUCAAACCAGUCGUCCGUUUUUUCACAAUUGCAAACAAAAACCAACAUUUUUAAUCAAAACUAUAAUUAAAUUGCGAAAAAAUCACAUACAAGAUGGCCAAAAAUAAGAGCACAGUUUAUCUGGGCUAUGAUGAUGAGGAAAUCACUGAAAAACAUGUAUCCCUAUUGAAUAGUACAUUAAAUAAAAUUGGAGGAACAGCGGAUUGGCCUAAUGGUGAAAUAAAAAUACCCUCUUGUCCUUUAUGUGGCACAGCCCGUCCAUUGAUUGUACAGCUAUAUGCUCCAUUGGAAAUGUCGCAAUUUCAUCGUACGCUAUACGUGUUUGCUUGUUUAAAUCCGGUGUGUUCGCAGAACACAAAAAGUUGGUUGUGUGUAAGAACCCAACACUUGGAUACACCAUCGGAGCACUGUGAUAUUAUGAAAGUAGUGGCUGCUUCAGCUAAAACAUCGUCAUCGGCCAGUGGUGGUGGUAAACAAAAGAAAAAGAAUAAAGAGCAUAAGCAGCAGCAAUCGGGUAAAAUAUCCUGGUGUUCUGGUACCGAUGACUGGGGCGAAGAUACAGGUAGUGUUGCUGUAGUUGAGCAAUCUAUAGAACAAAUGGACACGGAAGCAGAUGAUCCCCAAGAAUCGAAUGAGGAAAACGGUAAUGUUAUUAAUAACAAAAAUGUCAAUUUACCUUCAGCCAACCACCAAUUGGAGUCGGAUGAGGGCGAGGAUGAAGAUGAUAUUUUAGCCCAUGAAGAAGAUGAUGAAGAUGAAAGCAAUUCCAUGGACAAUGAUCUUUUAAUGAGUUUUAAUCAAAUCGAUUUAAGAGCUGGUCAAAACUUAGCAGAAGAUCCCAAUGCCAACUGUGCUGCAGGAGAAAUAGCCGCCGCAGCUUCUGUUGAAAAGGAGGGUAAUUAUGCCUGUAGUGGUGCAUCUGCUACAAUAUGUGCUGAAAUCGAAGGUCCCGAGAAUGAUGUUGUUCUAGUCGAAACUCCUCAAAAGCCUGAACGUGAUCUAAUAGCCUUGUUAAAGCAUACACCUACGCCAGCGUCUCUGGGUCCUUUAGCUAAAUUAUCGGAUUUAACCCUAAAACCAUAUUUCGUAGCCGUAGAUGUGGAGGCAAAUGUGGCAGCUAAAGAGUAUGAGCAAUAUGGUGGUUCCUUGUCUGCCGAACAUAUACGUGAAUUAUAUCAAGAAUAUAAGAAACAAGAUGAAUCUGCCCAUUCACCGAAUAGCGGUGUGGCUGCUGGUGGAAGCGGUGGUGUAGGUGGAGUUGCUGCUGAGGAUCAGGAGGGUUAUGAGAAAGCCUUACCGGCUCAUGGUGAUCUUAUGUUUCAUCACUUUUUAAGCACCAUUCAGCAGAAUCCCGGACAAGUCUUAAGAUACUCUCGUGAUACUUUACCACUUUUAAUUUCGCCUCUACAAGAGCCCACACCAAAAUGCCCUAAUUGCAAUGGUGAUACUAUAUGUGAAGUCCAGAUCCUAUCGACUCUUAUACCAAAAUUAAAAAUGUUGCAAAAUAAUGAAAAUGCUCCUCUAGAAUAUGGCAACGUAUUGGUUUUCACCUGCUUGAAAAGUUGUUGGGAUACACCAGAUAAAAUGCGCUAUGAAAAGGUUAUAGUACAAGUUGAAAAAUAAUUUCAAAAACGAAACUACAACAACGGAAACCAUAAAACCAAAUAAAUGUACACAUAAAAUGUGUACAAAAAAUCUUUUAACUAAACUAAACAUAGGAAGGUACCUUAUAGAGGAAAACAAACGAAAGAAAGAAAGAAAAUAGAAACGAAUAUGAAAUAUCUAAACUAUAACAGUAAACAGAACAUACUCAAACUUUACCACUCCACUAAACUUUUUGAAAACAAAUAUUAAAAAGAAAACUCAAGGAUUGAAUUAAUUACAUAUGUAUAAUGUUAGUCAUGUAAUAAUGAUGAGUAAUAGUUGGUUUUAUUUAUUUAAUUAUAAAAUUAAAAAAAAAAAAAUGAUUCUCUGUCCCCAAAAUUAAACGGCUUCAUAACGGAAACAAAC